UUGCGGCUGUAAUGGCUGCUCCCAGCCGUCGCGCGGCUACGCUGUUUCGGGCGGUGUCAGGGGUCCGGCAGUUGGGCACCAAUGCCGCGAGGGAGCGGGGGGUCCGGCUCUCCUCGCUCUUUGACUGUCAGCGGAGGUGCGUGUCCUGUUUCGCGGGCGCCGCCUUCUCUGGUCCCCGCCUGUCCUCUGCCUCUCGCCGUUAUGGCCAGAGCUCAGCCUUGGAACGCUUCCUUGGACUCUCUCAGCCAGACAGUUCGUUGACUUCUCACCCUCCCGGCGUGUCUAUGCACAGAGAUGAGCAGGAUCUCCUAUUGGUCCAUCAUCCCAACAUGCCUGAGAACCCCCGGGUCCUACGAGUCGUCAUCCUGGGUGCCCCGAAUGCAGGGAAGUCAACACUCUCCAACCAGCUGCUGGGUCGGAAAGUGUUCCCUGUCUCCAAGAAGGUGCACACCACUCGCUGCCAAGCUCUGGGGGUCAUCACGGAGAAAGAGGCCCAGGUGAUUCUACUUGACACCCCUGGCCUCAUCAGCCCUGUUAAACAGAAAAGGCACCAUCUGGAGCUUUCUUUGUUGGAAGAUCCAUGGAAGAGCAUGGAAUCUGCUGAUCUGGUUGUGGUCCUUGUGGAUGUCUCAGACAAGUGGACUCGGAACCAGCUCAGCCCCCAGGUGCUCCAGUGCCUGACUCAGUUCUCCCAAGUCCCUAGCAUCCUUGUCAUGAACAAGGUAGAUUGCCUGAAGCAGAAGUCCAUUCUUUUGGAGCUCACAGCAGCCCUUACCAAAGGUGUGGUCAAUGGCAAGAAGCUCAAGAUGAGGCAGGCCCUUCCCUCACAGCCUGGCACUCCUUGCCCCAGCCCAGCAGCUGAGGGCCCAAAAACACAGUCUGUGGGAGGCCCUCAGAGGAUCGGUUGGCCCCACUUCCAGGAGAUCUUCAUGUUGUCAGCCCUAAGCCAAGAGGAUGUGAAAACACUAAAGCAAUACCUCCUGGCACAGGCCCGGCCAGGACCCUGGGAAUUCCACAGUGGAGUCCUCACUAGCCAGACGCCUGAGGAGAUCUGUGCCAACAUCAUCCGAGAGAAGCUCCUAGAGCACCUGCCCCAGGAGAUUCCCUACAGUGUGCAGCAGAGGACAGUGAUGUGGGAGGAAGGGCCAAGCGGGGAGCUGGUGAUCGAACAGAAGCUUCUGGUGCUCAAAGAAUCUCAUGUGAGGAUCCUGAUUGGUCCAAAGGGGCGCUUGAUCUCCCAGAUUGCACAGGAGGUGGGCCGAGAUCUCAUGGACAUCUUCCUCUGCGAUGUUCAGCUGCGGCUCUCUGUGAAGCUUCUCAGAUGACUGCCCUCAGCUGCCUCUCCCAUGGCAUCCCAGCCUAAGCUGGUGUCAGGAGCCACUGACCAGGAUGGCCCCUGCCCAGGGAUGGGGACUGGUGAGAGGCAUGGGCACUGCCUGAUGGACUGACUGGCUGGCAUGGCCUUAGUGAGUCUGCCUAGCCCCUGCCUGACCACAUCUGUUGGUGGAAGAAACUUAGCUCAGUUACGGGGUCGUGCCUCUGCCUGGGAUUCCAGCUGCUGAGCUCUAGAAAUUGGCUCUUCGGUAGGAACAAUGUCACUCUGCUUCUGGCUGGCAUCGAACCCAGAGUUUCUCCCUGAGUUGCCAGUUUUAGCAGAGAGGGCUUUUUCCUAUCCCCUCAGUUCCUCUACCUUAAAGCCACGCAUAAGGACUUGUGGGUCCUAAGGGAGAUAGUGCCACUUGCCCCAUCCCUCUCCCCAGUCUCGAAUGCUAAUAAAAUUAUAAGACAAGCA